AAAUGCCAUAUUCUGUCUCUAGCAAGCCUGACCCGUUCCCUCUUUCUCUCUUUAACCUUUUGUGCCUCAAUAUUAGGGUUUUAUCAGAGCUAGGGUUACGGAGAAUUAAGGUUUCAGGGAAUCAGGGUUUCAGAGAUGGGACAGCAAUCGUUGAUUUACAGUUUCGUUGCUCGUGGAACCGUGAUCUUAGCAGAGUACACGGAAUUCACAGGGAAUUUUACGAGCAUCGCUUCACAAUGCUUGCAAAAGCUUCCUGCCAGUAAUAAUAAGUUCACAUACAAUUGUGAUGGUCAUACCUUUAAUUACCUCGUCGAAGAUGGAUUCACCUACUGUGUGGUCGCGGUUGAAUCAGUGGGAAGACAAGCGCCCAUGGCUUUUCUGGAGCGUGUGAAGGAAGACUUUAAUAAGAGAUAUGGAGGUGGAAAGGCUGCUACUGCUGUUGCAAACAGCCUCAACAGAGAGUUUGGAACAAAAUUAAAGGAACAUAUGCAAUACUGUGUGGACCACCCGGAGGAGAUGAGCAAGCUGGCAAAAGUGAAGGCACAAGUCUCCGAAGUUAAAGGAGUAAUGAUGGAGAACAUUGAAAAGGUACUUGACCGUGGUGAGAAAAUUGAGCUUCUAGUGGACAAAACUGAAAAUCUUCGCUCUCAGGCUCAGGAUUUCAGGUCACAGGGGACUAAGAUGAGGCGAAAAAUGUGGCUUCAAAACAUGAAGAUCAAGCUGAUUGUCUUGGGUAUUCUUAUCGCCCUCAUCCUAAUCAUAGUCUUAUCUGUGUGUCAUGGCUUCCAUUGUUGAUCAAACUGUGAAUUGUAUUGCUCUCCUCUUGGCUGCUGCUGCUGAUGCUAGCACAAUACCUGAUGGAACUGUGGCUUUUUUGUGGGUGGAUGAGUUAGGGCUAUUUUGUCCGUGGAGGAGUUAGGGCUUGUAUAUUCUCUGUUAUGCAUGCGUUCUUUAAUGAAAAGGAUAUUUUUUUUGCUUA